AAAGUCUCAUUGUUUUGUUCUUUCUGUGAUUAUUGGAGUUUCUGUGAGAGAGUGGUGUCGCCAUGGGAAGAGCUCCUUGUUGUGACAAAGCCAAUGUCAAAAGAGGACCAUGGUCCCCCGAAGAAGAUGCAACACUCAAAGCCUAUGUGGAGUCUCAUGGAACUGGUGGAAAUUGGAUUGCAUUGCCCAAAAAAGCUGGCCUUAGACGGUGUGGGAAGAGUUGCCGCCUACGGUGGCUGAAUUAUCUGAGACCAGACAUCAAACAUGGAGGCUUCACUGAAGAAGAAGACAACAUCAUUUGCAAUCUCUAUGGCCAGAUGGGAAGCAGGCAAGUUUUAAUUUUCAAAUUAUGUAAAUUUCACACUAUAAUAUUCACCAUCCAUUAAAAAAAUAAUCAGCAACAGAUAUAUUAAUAAAAUACAUCCAUAAGAGAUUAUUCUAAUUGAGAUUUAGCCAAUGCUUAUAUGAUUAUGUCUCUGUUCACUACAGCCUAUAUGAGCGGUAUUAUUAACUGACAAUUAUAAUAAAAUUUUCAUUUUACAAAAAUAUAUUAGCUUGGACCACGUCAUG